AUGCCUUCAAUAAUCAACUCACUCGAGAGCUUGAUCUCGUCGAUCUUUGGCGCUAUCACAGCCGUCUUCACCUCCAUCCUAGCCGUCUUUCAGAGCAUCUUUAACGCCUUUAUUGGUGUCAUCUCAACGGCUUUCUCAGCGUUGGGUACGACCAUCUCGGGAUUGGCACAUACUUUCGAGGGCUUGAUCAAGUUCUUGCUCAGCAACAUUGUGGUCAUUGGUGUCGUUGUUGGAGCCAUCUUCCUUUAUGGUGUUUACAAUCAACGUAAUGGAGGAGCUGUGAAGGCAAAGAAGACUGCUUAG